UCCACACAGGAUCUUCAGGGCCACCGUCUCCAUGGGGGACAGGGAGUGUCGGAGGAAGCUGAGGACAGCUUGUGCACUUGCAGGAGGAAGCCAUACGUCCGCUCUUCCAGCGUCUCCUCCGCCCCGCGGGACACAUGGAAACCACCUGCCCAUCAGCUGAAUCCUGGAGCUGAUGCUUGCCCACAUUGCUGAGAAAAGUACCAAGGCCCAUUCUGGCACCAGGACAGAGGUUAAGCUGGCACAGUCCUGCACAGGGAUCCUCAUGUCUUUUCGGAACCACACACUCGAAGCUGUGAUCGCAGGCCCCAGCCAGUGCCAUGGCUUCUGCCGAGCCCCUGACGGCGCUGUCCCGCUGGUACCUGUACGCCAUCCAUGGCUACUUCUGCGAGGUGAUGUUCACGGCAGCCUGGGAGUUUGUGGUGAACUUUAACUGGAAGUUCCCGGGUGUCACGAGCGUGUGGGCCCUCUUCAUCUACGGCACCUCCAUCCUCAUCGUGGAGCGCAUGUACCUGCGCCUGCGGGGUCGCUGCCCACUCCUGCUGCGCUGCCUCAUCUACACGCUCUGGACCUACCUGUGGGAGUUCACCACCGGCUUCAUCCUACGCCAGUUCAACGCCUGCCCCUGGGAUUACUCCCAGUUCGACUUCGACUUCAUGGGCCUCAUCACCCUGGAGUACGCCGUGCCCUGGUUCUUGCUCUCUCAUGGGCCCCAUGGACAAAAACACCAAGCCGGUGGUGUUGCUUCUUCAGUUCGGCACAAGCCCCGCCCUGGUAGGGCGCACACAGCCCCAUAG